AUGGCCACUCGAACGCUCGAGGCUCGAUUCGAGCACAUGACGGUGAACGACGAGAACGAUUCUGGCGAUGGUACCAAGAUCUACUCAAAGCAACAGGCUGUUGCAUCUGUCAGAACCUCCCAACUGCCACAGAGCUCGAGCCGAGCCAACCUCUUUAAGGUCGCCCUGCAGUCCCAAAACACCAACACCGUUGCCUCCGUAACGCUUCCUUCGCAAGCAGCACAGCGAAAAGCCCACAACCCAACAUCUCCUCCCCGCAAGCCCCUCCCUUCUUCGGCUGCAUCACGCUCCGAUGAGGUUGUCGAAGUCGAACGCAAGGCGGUGACCAUGGUCGCUGAGCCCAGCAUCCCGAAGCAGUUCCACCUGGGCAUGUUCGAAAUCGGCCGUCCCCUGGGCAAAGGCAAGUUCGGUCGCGUCUACCUCGCCAAGGAGCGCACUACCGGCUUCAUCUGCGCGUUAAAGGUUCUGCACAAGAACGAGAUUCAACAAGGCCGUGUCGAGAAGCAGGUGCGACGGGAAAUUGAGAUUCAAAGCAACCUGAGGCAUCCCAAUAUUCUCCAGUUGUACGGGCACUUCCACGACAGCAAGCGAGUCUUCCUCAUCCUCGAAUUCGCCGGCAAGGGCGAGCUUUACAAGCAUCUUCGUCGCGAGAACAAAUUCCCUGAGUGGAAGGCCGCCCAGUACGUAGCGCAGAUGGCCUCGGCGCUCCGUUAUCUCCAUCGCAAGCACGUCAUUCACCGGGAUAUCAAGCCUGAAAACAUCCUCGUCGGUAUCCACGGCGAGCUCAAACUUUCUGAUUUCGGCUGGAGCGUGCAUGCGCCCAACAACCGACGCAACACCAUGUGCGGAACUCUCGAUUACCUUCCUCCCGAGAUGAUCAAGCCCGGUAGCUCAGACAACUACUACAAUGAAAAGGUUGAUCUGUGGAGUCUGGGUGUGCUCAUGUACGAGUUCCUCGUCGGUGAGGCGCCUUUUGAGGACUCGCCCGUCAUGACACAGCGGAGGAUUGCGAGGGCCGACAUGACGGUGCCCUCCUUUGUCAAGCCCGGAGGCAAAGGACUUGAUCAAGAGACUUUUGGUUCUCGAUCCCGAUAA